CUAUUUUGUGGUCUAUAUAAAUAAUCUCCACAGUCGAAUUUUGAAGCUAGUUCAAUCUUAAUCUGUACAAAAUGAAGUUCUUCUUAGUACUCACAACCAUUGCCAUUGCACAAAACCUAGGAUGGGCUAAUACUUUGCUACGACAAGAAAUCGAAAUAACUUCUAACAUGUGUUUCCAUUCGACUGGAAUGUCAGCGGAAAAUAUGCUUAGAAUUGAAGCACACGAUUAUACUGCGAAUCAAGAAACAUUUCGCUAUAUGAGAUGUGUUUUCGAGAACCUUGGUUUAUGGAGUGAUGUUAAUGGAAUACAAGAUGACCGAAUGAAAGAAAUUUUAGAGGACCAAACAAAUCGAUGUGAGAUUUUAAAUCUUGUACAAAAAUGCAACGAAAGUUCGAAAACAAAUGAUGAGGAUGUAUGGCUUUAUAAUAUCUUGGGCUGUAUUGGAAAUGGAAUUGCCGAGCUCGGUAUUGAAAACAAUAAUGAAGCUAUUGGAAAAUAAAAUAUUUUGUCCGGUAAUUAUAAAAAAUAAAAAAAUCAAUGAGAUCAAAAUGAAUACAAAAUUUAUUAAUGAUAAAUAAAUACAUAUAAUAACAUUUUAUUAAUUCAAUAAUUGUUGUUUAAGAGAAAUAUAUGUUAACAUUUAAAAGAA